CGGGACUUCCGGAACCUUCCUCUUCGCGGACAUCUUGUUGGCCCUGGGGCGGAACCAUCGGGGUGUCGGACCAGACAGUUGGGUCGCUCCAAACUUGACAGGUGCAGGAAAGAGCGAGUGGAGACGGUGUCCCCGCUGAAAAGAGGCUGGUGGUGGCAGCUCGGAGGAGUCUCCGCCUCUGCAUGCAGGUCUAGCCCCGCCCCAGGCCUUGGAAUGGGCCUAGUGCAGAAUGAAAAUGGGUUAGUGAGAGCAAGGACUAUCUUUCAAGAGGCUGAGAAAUUAAGGUGUCUCUCAGUGGAAGCAGCACGUAGGCAACUGGAAACUCAGAUCUGGAGUUCUGGGGAGGAAGUUGUGCUGGAGGUCUCACAGAUCCUUUGUGGUUGCUGAAUUAUUGUAAGGGAGAACCCUGGGUGCCUGACUGAGAGGGCAUGACUCUAACCACAGCAGGAGGGGCUUGGACAGGCCCUGGUUGUUGGUAUGCAGUGAAAGAUGAAGAAUCACCUGCUGAAGAGAGUGUUUCUAUAGCAGUGUUACCUUUUAGUACUUCUAAGGCAGGUUUGUCUACCCAGGUGGCUCACUCUUGUGACAUAUGUAGCCCAAUCUUGAAAGAUAUUUUGCACUUGGAUGAACACCAAGAAACAUACCACAGACCUAAAACUUACACAUGUGAAGCCUGUGGUAGACAAUUCUGGUUUAGUGCAAACUUUCACCCAAAUCUAAAGCAUUAUAUUGUAGAGAGACCUUCACAAAGAGAUGAAGGCAAAGCUUCAUUGGUAAAGAACUGGAUAGUUUGUGAAGAACCUCACUUGUCAGAGAAGCCUUUUACAUGUCAAGUGGAACAGAAAAGUUUGGGUGGUAAGCAGAAAAAAGUCACCCAUAGGAAGAAGAAGACAGCCAGGAGCACUGAGAGUAGAGAGGCCUUUCAUGUUGGGCAAAUGCAUUACAAGUGCAGUGAAUGUGGGAAAGCUUUUAGCCGCAAAGAUACACUUGCCCAGCACCAGAAAAUCCAUAGUGGAGAGAAGCCUUAUGAGUGCAGUGAAUGUGGGAAAGCCUUCAGCCGCAAAGCUACACUUGUCCAACACCAGAGGAUACAUACUGGAGAAAAGCCUUAUGAGUGCAGUGAAUGUGGAAAGACCUUUAGUCGAAAAGACAACCUUACUCAACACAAACGGAUCCACACUGGAGAAAUGCCUUAUAAGUGUGGUGAAUGUGGGAAAUACUUUAGCCAUCACUCCAAUUUAAUUGUACACCAGAGAGUUCACAAUGGAGCAAGGCCUUAUAAAUGUAAUGAUUGUGGGAAAGUCUUCAGACACAAAUCCACACUUGCUCAACAUGAGAGUAUACACACUGGAGAAAAUCCUUAUGAUUGCAGUGAUUGUGGGAAAUCCUUUGGCCACAAAUAUACCCUCAUUAAGCAUCAGAGAAUUCACACAGAGUCAAAGCCUUUUAAGUGCACCGAUUGUGGAAAAUUCUUUAGUCGAAGCUCUGACUUUAUUGCACACCAGAGGGUUCACACCGGUGAAAGGCCUUUUGUGUGCAGCAAAUGUGGGAAAGACUUCAUCAGAACCUCCCACCUUGUUCGGCACCAGAAGGUUCACACUGGAGAAAGGCCAUAUGAGUGCAGUGAAUGUGGCAAAGCCUACAGCUUAAGCUCUCACCUCAUUCGGCACCAGAAAAUUCAUGCUGCGGGAAGACAUUAGGGGAGCUUUCAAUACAAUAGGAUUCUUCAGUUAGAAUUGACCUUGAAAAUAUGAAUACCAAGUAUAUGGGGCACUUCAAACACUAUUUUGCACAUUCUGACCUGCUCAAGUUCCUUUCCAGAAUUAGUCACUGUUAAUACCUAUAGCUGAACCCCUCUCAACUUCUCCAGCUUACUAAACUAUCCCAGGAAAGGCAGGAAUUUGCACACUUUGUCCAUUCUGUAGUGAAUUGUGAGACACUUGAGGUCUCCUGAAUGGUAUCUUAGAGGGCUUGAGCUAUGUUCUGGUAGCUUACAGGGAAUUGUUUGAGACAGUCUUGCUUUUUUCCCUAGGCAGGGCUUGAACUUGUUGGCUUGUUUGAUCCUUGGCUUUAAAUCCAUAAUAGGUGGGAUUUCUUACAUGUGCCACUAUGCCUGAAAUUUGUAAUGGAUAUUGCCUGCCUCCGAGUCACCUGGCCAGGAAAGUAUUUGUCUUAUGUUGCUCUGGUUUGGAAUAAAGGCAUUAUAAUUUAAACCA